ACAAUUUUUAAUACUUGUUUUGAAGGAUAAAGUACAAGACCAAGCAAAUGGCUCGUGAUGACAGUUCCUCUUCUCGUACUUCUCGUCCUUAAUUGAGCCACCGAAGAUAAGGAAAUCCAAGUCAAAAGAAGUAGAUGUUGAAGAACCUCAUCCAACACCACCUAUUCAACAUCUAUCAAGGGAACUUCAUCGAGAUAAUCAAGUUAAUGUAGAAGGCGGCAUAGAGCACAUCACUUAUUAUUUUUUGGAACAGGUGACCGAGCAAUUCAAAACCAAGCUUCUGUGGCUUUAGGGAUUACCAUUAGGAGAGAGUACAUGUCUCAACUGGAUACUCCUCGCACAACUUGGGAUUGAUGAUGCAAUCCACUCUAAAGUACAGAAGUUUGAAUGGCUAAGUUGCUCUCUAUUCAAGAAAAUAUUUACUAGGUGCUUGUACUGGAGUUUAUUAGCACAUUUACCAUUCGAGAAGUGAGAGGUGCCACUGACCUUGAAGACAACAUCCAAUUACGACUAGCAGGAGAGCAUCGCCAACUGUCAAUCCGGGAAUUCACUAGAGCAAUGGAUUUUUACCCGGCGGAUUUCAUUGAUUCACCAUACACUUUUGCUACCUUUACAAGGGAAUCUGACUUCCCCUGCUUCAAGGCAUUUUAUGACUAUGAAGUCAAGAGAUCCGACAGUCGACCGUGGUAUGUCAAGCUAUCAAAAGCUAGUAGGUGAAACCAGAGUGGCGGCUCAUUCACCACGUGAUUGCUAGGUCCGUGGGAGGAAAGAACCAUAGCAAAGGCAACUUAACUGCCCGAGAUGUCACCUUCCUUUAUAGUAUGCAUCUACCCCAAUCUCUUCAUCUCAGUGUGGCUAUCUUAUCUAUAUUCAAGAUUUAUGAGACGGAUCAUCGGCUCGUCGCACUUCAUGGAGGAGUUUUUGUCACCCAUCUAGCCAAGUAUUUCCAAGUAGACUUCAGGGUCGUCCAAUUUUGAUUGGAUAGUAGGAACACUCCUAUAUCCUUCGAAGUCUUGAACUCAAAACUCAAAUUUCUUCAUCUGAACGACGAUGGCAUUUGGGGAGUACGGGGACUUCCUUCCAACCACUAAUACGUUGGACAUUGAGGGCACCGUGUUCUGUCUUUCGGAAGCUAGGGUGGCACGAGAGCGAAGAAGAUUUGCAACCGAGGGAGAUCAACUGGAGAGAGUAUAUGAAGGAGGAGAGUCACCCAUACCCACUCCUCAAUCGGUUCGCCCACAUUUCAACAAUGCAAGGGACUACCGAGUUGAAGCAAUUAUAGCGGCGAUCCUUCACAAUCAAGAAAGGGAGAAGGAAGUGUGGCUCCAUAUUGUGGCAUGCAUUCAUGCGAUCAUGAAGAAGAUGAACAUUCCGGUCGAAGAUGAACAUUCCGAGGAUGAUUGAGUGCUAGGUCCUUUCUUUAUUUUAAUUAAAACCAUGUUUAAUU